AUAAAGAUAUUUAAAAAAUUUUGCAAAAUAAUUACAAAGUACUAAAGUGUGUGUGUGCUGCCGCUCUGAGCGCAAGUUAACCAGAGAGUGGGAGAGCGUGACGCGCAAAACUCACCACGCAUUGGCCUCUCGUCGUCGACGUCGACGACGGCAACAUUGUAAAAAACUUUCACUCUCGGCACAACGUGGCGGCGGGCGGUGCGACAGCAUCGAGCAGGAAGCGCAUAAAGUGACACACAAACACGCAAACACACACACACACACACACACACACGCACAUUCACAUACAAAUACAAAUACAAACUGGAGAAAGCCCACAGAAACUAAACUAAACAACACGAAUAUCCGCAACAUCAGCAGCAGCAGCGGCGGCAGCAAGGCAAAAGUUUUUGCAUGCCAGCAGCUGACUGCUGCAGGAAGCGUGCCAGGAGGGCGGAACAGCAGCGGGACGGGCAGAGAAGCCACCAGUGAAGCGGACAGUCCGGUUCUGCCUGCCUGUCACAGCCAUUGAAUAGGCCUCUUCAACACGAACACUGGCACAGGAUACAGGCCGAGCACACACGCAACGCAAUUUAAAUGUAUCCUUAGAAUUUCAAACAGCAGCAGCCCCAACAGUGUAAUGCGCCUUGGGGGUAGUGGUAUACCAUACGACGGUGACCCCCUGACAAUGAGCGCAGCUGGCAAUGAUUAUGCCGAAUUAUGCGAUCUUGGACCAUCACGUUGGAGUGCACGCGGUUAUGGUUACCAUGCAACAGCAGCAGCUGCAAAUGCGGCCGGCAUCGGCAUUGGUGGCAUCGGCGUACCAGGCGCCACACAAUCAUCAUCGAGCGUACCGACGGGCGGCUCAGCUGGCCUCAGCGCACAUCAUUUACGGAGCAGCGCAGCAGCGCCAAACAGUUACGAGGCCGAGGACAUUGGCCUGGCCUUUGGCAUGAUCAGUCCGCCACCUGGCAGCGGGCACGUUCAUUACGGCGGCAGCGCCGGCGGCAUUGGCUCCCGUGUGGGCAAUAGCACCAGUUCACUGCGUGCCGGCGGCAGCGGUCGCUCCGGUCUCUAUUACUCGCCACCGGGCACAUCGUACACAAUCGUUGAGCGUCCACACUCGCCGCAUUACUAUUACAAUUCGGCUGGUGUGCCCACGAAGGGUGGUUCGUUGCCUGGUCGCGGCUCAGCGUAUCUCAGCUCCUCGCCCUCUAGCCACAUGGCCGCCGGCACGGCUGGCACGCUGCCCACAUCAACGGCAGCUAGCGGUCGCCAUGCCGCCUCGGCCAUGGGCAAUGGCAACAAGAAGCGGGCCAUAUCGCCGGAGCAGGUGCUGCGCAUGUUCGGCGCCACACAGUCGUCUUCAGUUCCUACGAGUAGCUAUCACUACAGCAACGGUGGCACACGCGAUCGGGAUCGCGCAGGCCGACGCAGUCCGGCCAGCAGUCCGCCCUCGACAACGCAUCAGAUCUAUCGGGAUCGCGAUCGAGAUCGGGAUCGGAGUGUGCCCAACAUACAUGAACUUACGACGCGCACCGUUUCAAUGUCGCGUGAUCAGCAAGUCGAUCACGGCUUCGGUAUAUGCGUCAAAGGAGGCAAAGACUCAGGCUUAGGUGUUUACAUCUCACGCAUCGAGGAGAAUUCGGUGGCGGAGCGCGCCGGCCUGCGACCCGGUGAUACAAUCCUAGAGGUGAACGGCACGCCAUUCACCUCAAUCAAUCACGAGGAGGCGCUUAAGAGAUGUGUGCAGAUAUUGAAAUCGUCACGUCAAAUCAGUAUGACGGUGCGAGCGCCGCCCACGCUGAACUCGACGGCGCCGCUGCACGGUUUUGGUCCACCCUCGCGGGAUCCAAUGUACGCGUCGAUGGCCCCCCUAUUACCACAGACUGCAGCGGCCCAUGCGGCAGCGGCCGGCGGCGGCGGCGGCGGCGGAUCGGGUCUGCCCUUUCGUCAGACCUGCUCCUGGAUGGAUCGACACGGCCGUCCGGCCUCACCGCCCAUGGAGUAUGGUGGCAGGCGGAACGAGCGCCGAGAUCGGGUACGCCGCGUCGAGCUGCUCAUUGAGCCCGGCCAAUCGCUGGGCCUGAUGAUACGCGGCGGCGUCGAGUACGGCCUGGGCAUCUUUGUCACGGGCGUCGACAAGGAUAGCGUCGCAGAUCGUGCCGGUCUAAUGAUUGGCGACGAAAUACUGGAGGUCAACGGCCAGUCGUUUCUCGAUGUGACGCACGACGAGGCCGUCGGUCAGCUGAAGUAUCACAAGCGCAUGUCCUUGGUGAUACGUGACGUGGGCAAGGUGCCGCAUUCCUGCACAUCCAUCGAAAUGGAGCCCUGGGAUGCGUACAGUCCAACGGGCACGAGAGCACGCCGAAAAGGUCAAAUCACGACCAUGGUGGAGGAGAAGGCGCGCUCGCUGCUGCCACGUCAUCAUUUUGCAAGUCUUUCGUAUUAUAUUGCCGAAUAUAGUGUGAAAGCAAUGACCAUAGAUGCCUUUGUUGCCGUCUUAUUAGAGAUGUUAGAUACGUACGAAAAGCACACGCUAGUGACGGAAAUUCGUGAGCUCGUUUUUCCGGAGGAUCGUACACGUUACGAUGAGCUUGUGUAUCGCAGAGAACGCGAUCCAUAUAGCGUGGAUAGGCAUAGGCGUAAAGGAGACUCCGCACGUGAUUUGCCGGUAACAGCUGACGACAUGGAAGUAAGCGCCGCUACUGGACGCAGUCCCUCGUCGGACUCGGGUCUGGGCAUGACCGUAACGGAUAUACAUAAACGACCCGCACUACAGUUGCCCUAUCGGCCCAUGUCGGCGGGACCAAUACUGCAUCGUUCACAGCAUUAUCAGCCAGCAACAUCACAUGCAGCUAGCAACCAAUCACCAUCACCGCCACCAAAACCACAACAACAACAGCAACAACAACAACAACAACAACAUUAUCCACCACAUCAUACCUCAUUGCGUCAUCUGGGCGGCGGCGUUGGAAAUGUGCGUCAUCCUCACCAGCAGCAAUUGGGACCAAAUCAAUUUAAACUCAAACAAGCCAAAGACAAUCAGCAACAGGAAUACGGCUGUGAUGAGCAUAGAACUCGCCGGGGCAGCGAAACCCUAUUACCGGAAUAUGAACAAGAUGCGGAACAGGGCGGCUACUUAGAUGGACUACGUUCACAUUUGGGUGGUUUAACACAACGUGUCAAAUCAUGGUAUUGGGGACGACCUCUUGAGUUGGCCACAAAACUCUCAAGAAGUUUCGAUAUGAAGGAAGAAGGCGGCACUUUGCUGGGCGAUAAAGGUGUACGAAGGCAUCAGUCCAUGCAGCGUCUGUCAACUGAGCAGAACGGUGGUUCAACGACUGAACAAACACAUGAACACAAUCCAAACGUCGUACCUGAUCAUAGAGGCAACUUACACAUUACAGUUAAGAAAACCAAACCAAUUUUAGGUAUUGCUAUCGAAGGUGGUGCUAAUACAAAGCACCCGCUUCCUAGGAUAAUCAAUAUCCAUGAAAAUGGUGCGGCAUUUGAAGCGGGCGGCUUGGAAGUCGGGCAACUGAUACUGGAGGUAGACGGCACCAAGGUGGAAGGUCUACAUCAUCAGGAGGUUGCUCGAUUGAUAGCCGAAUGCUUUGCAAAUCGUGAAAAGGCUGAAAUAACCUUCUUAGUUGUCGAAGCAAAAAAAUCAAAUUUGGAACCGAAGCCAACAGCGUUAAUAUUUUUAGAAGCCUAACAUUUGCUUGCCCUGCCGGCUAGUGACCCAUUGGAACGACAAAAACUCGAGUUCCUCUAUGAAUGGGGCAUCGAUUUAACGGAGACGCCAAAACCAAUGCCAACACCGAUACCGCUGACAAAAGCUAAAAAUCCACCGCCACUGCCUCAUGAGCUACAUACCAACAGCAACAGCAACAGCAACAGCAACUAUGGCAGUAAUUCUGCGCUCAACAAUCAUCAUCAACAUCCUCAUCAUCAGCAGCAGCAACAGCAGCAGCAACACUAUCAUCCCAAUACACCCAGCAACACACCAACAACACAAGCAACAGCUGCAACUACAACAAAACAACAACAACAACAGCAACAGAGACCACACUUGAACAGCAGCAAUACACCAACAAAAGCAUCGCGCGAGGCGACGCCAACCCGUGAGCAACAGCAGCAGCAGCAGCAACAUGCGACGCCCACAUGCGAGCCACACACACCAACACGUCAACAACAGCAACAACAACAACACCAACAACGGGAGCAACAUCAUCGCGAGCGCCAGCAACAGCUGCGCGAACAACGUGAGCAACGCGAACGUGAAUACCAACACGAACACCAGCAGCAUCAUCUACGCGCACAUCCUGCUUAUCAUCGUGAGCACCGUGAGCAUCGUGAGCACGAGCAGCAAUAUCAUCAUCAACAGCAUCACAAUCAUCAUCAUCAUCAGCAGCAGCAGCAGCAGCAGCAGCAAUCAUCAGCGCAUUAUCAACAGCAGCAGCAACAGCGCUACAGUAGCAACAGCUACAAGAAUCAUAAUAAUUCCGUUUACCAGUGAAAAAUGAGAAAAACAACAACAACAACAACAACAGCAACAAUCAGAAUCGCUAAAUUGGAACAAUUUUGGAACAUUCUUUCAAACGGCUUUCAACAGUUAACAGUUAAAUUGUGCUAACAAAAACCCCUCAACGCUAAUGUAUCGCUCUCCCUCUCCCCUCUCUCUUCAACCCUAUCUAGUUAUCAAUGUCUCUUACGCACGCCUCUCUACACCAGCUGCUUAAAAGUAGUCCCCCCCCACACAGAAUAGAAAUUGGAAACUUUUCGAUAUGCUGUAAGCAAAUAUGCAAUUCAAUGUUGUUGUCUGAGCUCCCGUUAACAAUUUCCCAUCCCAACUAUCCACACGUCUGUGCUCUUUUGUUGUAGUUUAAGAGCUGCUCUAUAGACAAAAAAAAAAUGAUAAUAAUAAUAUUUAGGUGUGUUUGAUACAGUUUUGUUGACUUCUGACCAAACUCUCUUUGAAUACAUAUCCAAUUUCGUUUGAAAAUCGCGCACUUUUAGCUCAUGUAUCAAUAAUUGUCAUAGUUUCCAUUUAUUUUCGAUUUUGUUUCUAUUCCCAAUAUAUCAAUACAAAUUAUCACACUGCCAAGAAAAUAUUAAAAA